AUGCUUCAAUUGCAUGAGCUGGAAGAAAUACGCAAUGAAGCAUAUGAGAGUUUGAGAAUCUACAAAGAGAAAACCAAAUCUUUUCAUGACAAACAUAUUCUUCGAAAAAGUUUUGUGGAAGGUCAGAAAGUUCUCAUGUAUCACUCUUGCCUUAAACUCUUUCUUGGAAAGUUGAAGUCUCGAUUGUUAGGUCCGUUCAUUGUCACCAAGGUUUUUCCUCAUGGAGUGGUCGAAGUUGUAAGUCCAAGUGCUGGCAAGUCUUUUACGGUGAAUGGUCAGAGAUUAAAGCAAUAUUACGAAUCAAUGGAGGAAGAACAAGCUGAUGUAAUUCACCUUAUUGACCCGGUAUAUGUUGAUGAAUGA